CACUCAGGCCUGCGCGCGUCUAUUGUUCGCUCUGCGCGUGAACACAAAGACUCUUGAGGCGGUUCGUCGAGCACGAGCGCCGCGGGACCUGCGCGUCUUAACGUACACCGGACGAUUCUUCAUUCAUUAACCGCCGUUUCCCAUGAUUUCACACCGAUUCUCGUGAUUCUCCGCGUCCCGGGAUCCCCAUAAAGCCCGUGUGGAGUCGCUCGGUCCUCCGGUCAGCAGUGUUUCAGGCUGUUCCUCCAAGUCGUUCAAGCUGUACUCCCCAAAGGAGCCCCCCAACGGAAGCGCUUUCCCCCCCUUCCACCCCGGCACCAUGCUGGACCGAGACCUGGGUCCGACACCCAUGUAUCCCCCCACAUACCUGGAGCCGGGCAUCGGGAGACACACACCUUAUGGGAAUCAGACAGACUACAGGAUAUUUGAGCUCAACAAGCGGCUUCAGAACUGGACAGAGGAGUGUGAUAAUCUGUGGUGGGAUGCUUUUACUACUGAAUUCUUUGAGGAUGACGCUAUGCUCACCAUCACGUUUUGUCUGGAGGACGGUCCUAAGCGAUACACGAUCGGCCGGACGCUGAUUCCUCGUUACUUCAGGAGUGUGUUUGAAGGCGGCGCCACUGAGCUCUACUACAUUCUCAAGCACCCUAAAGAGUCCUUCCACAGCAACUUUGUGUCUCUAGACUGUGAUCAGUGUACGAUGGUCACGCAGAACGGCAAGCCCAUGUUCACACAGGUGUGUGUGGAGGGCCGUCUGUACCUGGAGUUCAUGUUCGAUGACAUGAUGAGAAUAAAGACGUGGCAUUUCAGCAUCCGGCAGCACAGAGAGCUCAUCCCCCGGAGCAUCCUGGCCAUGCAUGCUCAGGACCCGCAGAUGUUGGAUCAGCUGUCCAAAAACAUCACCAGAUGCGGCCUGUCAAACUCCACCCUCAACUACCUCCGAUUGUGUGUGAUCCUGGAGCCCAUGCAGGAGCUGAUGUCCAGACACAAGACGUACAGUCUGAGUCCCCGAGACUGUCUGAAGACGUGUCUCUUCCAGAAGUGGCAGAGGAUGGUGGCUCCUCCAGCGGAGCCGGCCAGACAGGCGCCCAGUAAGAGACGGAAGCGUAAGAUGUCGGGCGGCAGCACCAUGAGCGCCGGCGGCGGCUCCAACAACAACAGCAACAGCAAGAAGAAGAGCCCAGCAAACAGCUUCCCGCUGUCCAGUCAGGUCCCGGAUGUGAUGGUGGUGGGCGAGCCCACGCUGAUGGGAGGAGAGUUCGGAGACGAGGACGAGCGUCUGAUCACGCGGCUGGAGAACACACAGUUCGACGCGGCUAACGGCAUCGACGACGAGGACAGCUUUAACAACUCGCCUGCGCUGGGAGCCAACAGCCCCUGGAACAACAAGCCUCCGUCCAGCCAGGAGGGCAAGAACGACAACCCCACCUCACAGCCGUCUCAGUGAGACUCGGACGGGGGCGGAGCCGGGGGCGGAGCCAGGGAGCGUCAGCAUCCAAUGGGAAGAAAGAGGUGCGGUCGACUCAUUCAUCUACCUGCAGUAGCUGGUCUUCCUGUCAGCAGAGGAAGUGACCCCGGAGACCAGAGAUGAGCGUGACAGUGUUUACUCGUCACAGGACAGUUUUUAUUCAACGCUCCUGGUUUUGUUGGUGAUUUAUGAGGAGCCUGUGCAUAGUUCAGAUGAAGCACGUAAAACACCAACAAGACCAAGACACAUCCAGCUCCCGUUACACUCACAAGAAAUGACAUAUUGCAUGAGGAAAAUAUAUAUAUAUUUUAAUUUAAUAGUGUUUUAAUGGAAGCUUGUUUCUGCCACUUGGAAAAAAAAACAACUUUUCAUCAAUUUUGACUGUUUUCUCAGAUUUGGUGAUAUAAACUCACAAUUAUGAGUAUGAUCUCAAUUCUGAGAAAAGUCAGCAUUGCAAGAAAAAAAAAAGAAUCAAGCUUCCAUAGUUUUGUGACUGCGUUACAAUGAGAGAUUAAAAAAUAUGUAUAAAUAAAUCAGCAAAAGUCUAAACACUACCGAUCUCUUUGAUUUGCGUUACAGUAAUGAGAUGCGGGGAAAUGUUUAAUCAUCAUUUUAAUGCAAACUACAACACAAUAAUCUAAUGGUUAUUUUCUUUCAGCAAGAUGUCAUUGUCUGAUUUCUGGACUGAAAUGUCGACAGUCUCGCAUCUUCCUCUGAUCGCUGGAGGAUGUUUAAUAUCACAUGAAGAGCGUUUUAUCCGUGUUUUAUACCAGCUUCUAUUUCCCUAGAAUGUUUAUUUUUUUUCUUCUUUUUUUUUUUACCGAUGUUGAAAGCUGCAAACCAAGGAGUAAGAGAACCGUGGAGGUCCUUAAAGAGUUGAAGCCUCAGAUUCUGUUGGUUUGUCUUCUGUUUAACAGAGAGUUGGUUUUCGUGUACUUGUGCUUGUAUAUUUAAGGUAGUAGCAGAGUUGUGUAUAACUGUAUUGAGAUGUAUUCCUCCUUAGAGUUACAUAAAGCCAUUCUGAUCUAACGUGUAAAAAAUGAAAACACACCAACCUCGUCCUUCCCCCUCUUGAUUAUCUUUUUAAUUUGCGUUCGACUGAUGAAUUGAAAUCAGGGGCGUUGUGUUUGUUGCCUGAUCGAAAUCUGUUUCUGAAGAUGCUUUAAACAGAUUCAGUGUUUGUUUUCUAUCAGUCUGUUUCUUCGUUUGUUUAAUGGAGACAAACUGUGAUCAGCUAGUCAUGUUUAAUUAACAUGUUAGUGGUUUUGUUUCACACACACACACACACACACACACCCCAAAUACUGCUGAAACUCAGUUUUUGUACUAUUUGAUUGUUUUCUCUCUCUUUCCGAGCAGCUGGAUCGAUCUGAAUGGAUUAAAGGUCUGCACUUGUAAUUGAAACAAACUGGUGAUCUUUUCCACCUUUAAUCUUGUAGAUGCUUUUGUUUGAUAUAACUUUUGUUUUCUUUAUUUCUGCCCUUGAUUAAAUUAAUGUAUGGAACCAAUAAAAUAUGAAUUUUCACUUUAA